UUGUGUUGCAGAUCAUAUAAACACUUCAUGACACAGUCAAGUGGAUUCAAGCACCGUUUGUAAUACUUAAUCAAAAAUCUAAACAUGAUUUUCAUCGCUAUUGUUGUGGUCCUACUGAUCACUCUUUACAUUUAUGGGACAAGAAACUUCAAUUAUUGGGAGAAAAGAGGUGUCAAGUAUGACAAACCUUACUUCCUUGUCGGGAACAACUACAAGGAAUACUUUGGGAAAGCCAGUAUGACACAAGUAGCUGACGAGCUGUACUGGAGGUAUACCAAUGAAAAAGUCGUCGGUUUUCUUCGCUCCACGCGUCCAGAAUUAAUUAUACGAGAUGCAGAAAUUGCGAAAAAAAUAUUAAUCACAGACUUUGCUCAUUUCUUCGAGAGAGGUUUCAACCCUCACAACACCGUAUUCGAGCCUCUGAUGCAGAACCUGUUCUUUGCUGAAGGAGAUCUCUGGAAGCUGCUCAGACAGAGAAUGACGCCAGCCUUCACUACGGGCAAACUGAAGGCAAUGUUCCCGCUAAUAGUUGAGAGAGCAGAAAAACUGAAGACUCGAGCGCUGACUGCGGCCGCUGAGGGCAAGUCUCUGGACGCGCGCGACUUAAUGGCGAGGUAUACCACUGACUUCAUAGGAGCCUGCGGGUUCGGGCUUGAUUCAGACUCACUCAAUGAUGAGAACUCCGCGUUUAGACAGCUCGGUGUAAACAUUUUUAAAAUAAGAACUAUGGAUAUCGUAAAAGGAGUAGCAAAAGAAUUAUUUCCCGAAAUGUUCAGAAAUCUGAAAGUAUGGACUCGAAUAGAGAAUGAGAUCAAUGAGCUUGUCGUAGAGAUUUUGAGGAAGAGAGACUAUAAGCCCUGCGGACGGGGUGACUUUAUAGAUCUAAUGCUGGAGUGUAAACAGAAGGGGGUCAUAGUCGGCGAGUCAAUUCAAAAGAAAAAGCCUGACGGCACCCCUGACACUGCAACACUAGAAAUCGAUGAUGCAUUAAUUGCUGCUCAAGUGUUUGUGUUCUUCGCUGCUGGCUUCGAGACCUCGUCAUCAGCGACCAGCUAUACUCUACAUCAGCUAGCAUAUCACCAGGACGUUCAGAAGAAGGCGCAGGAGGAGAUCGACCGCGUGUUGGCCAAACACGACGGGAAGCUGUCGUACGACGCAGUCAAAGAGAUGCACUACUUGGAGAACGUGUUCAAAGAAGGGAUGCGAAUGUUCCCUUCUCUCGGGUUCUUGUUCCGCCAGUGUACAAAAGCGUUCACAUUCCCGGAGUUGAACUUUUCGAUAGAUGAGGGCGUGCGCGUGCUGAUCCCACUCCAGUCAAUGCACAAUGAUCCCAAAUACUUCCCUGAGCCUGAAGUCUUCCGCCCAGAGAGGUUUGAUCCCGACGAGUAUGACACUAACAACAAAUACGUUUACAUGCCGUUUGGGUCAGGACCCAGAGCUUGCAUAGGUGAACGGUUGGGUGCCAUGCAGUCCUUGGCCGGCCUAGCGGCAAUCCUGUCCUGUUUCACAGUGGAGCCCGCUAAGGAAACGCUCAAGAAUCCUGUCGUGGAUCCUCAUUCUUCCUUGGUACAGAGCAUCAGAGCUGGACUACCUCUAAUGUUCCGUGAAAGGAGUUAAUGAUGUCUUAAUUGUAUUAGCAAUAUCUAAAUAAAUAAUAUCUCUAAGUUUAAUAUUAAUCCUAUUUAUUUCGGCAGUAAACAGUAUCUGCCUAGCACAUUGGGUUUUAACAAAUUUACCAGUAGUUUCAACAGUUAUUCAGAUUGUU